AUGGGUGCUUCAAACUACUAUCCUUAUGAUCCUAGCAAGGCAGGGGCUGGUAUUGUGAUGGUUUUGUUUGGAGCAAGUGCAUUCAUUCACCUUUGGCAAAUGUUCAAACUAAAGACAUGGUUCUUCACAGCUUUUCUCAUCGGUGCUUUCAUGAUGACACUGGGCUACAUCUUCCGAUUGAUGUCAGCAAGUAACCCGGAGAGUCUUGUGGCUUACAUUGGCCAAUCGAUGUUCAUCAUUCUCCCACCCUCACUCUAUGCUGCAACAGUCUACGUGAUCUAUGGACGUAUCGUCAUGUUUGUCGGUAAACCUGAUCUAUCUAUUGUGGCCCCACGAAAAGUUACCAAAAUCUUUGUAUCGGGCGACACUGCCGCCUUUCUCCUGCAGCUAUCAGGUGGCGGCAUGCAGACUGUCGACAGCAUGCGUAACAUCGGCCAGAAGAUACUCAUUGUUGGACUCAUUAUUCAACUGAUCUUCUUUGGGUUCUUUCUCUACGUUUCUGUUGCAUUUCUGAUACGACUGCGCCGGUCUGGUCUCGAUAUUAUCGGUGGUCCCUGGCAUCGGCUUCUCCAUAUCUUACUCCUCGUCUCUGCACUGGUUAUUGGGCGCUGCAUUUUUCGAAUCAUCGAAAAUGUUGAAGGAAUGGAUGGCUAUCUGUAUUCACACGAGGUAUACAUGUACCUUUUCGAUGCAGUCCCGAUGUUCAUUGUGCAAUCGAUUUUCCACUUCUAUCAUCCAGGGAAAAUUCUCGUUGGAGCGGCCUUACCGGGAGAUGACUAUGUCGAUCUACGUAAUGUGUGA